AUGGGGGACGACGGUCAGCGUGGGACAGACGCAGGGGGCAGUGAGCACGUGGAGAGAGCCCCAGAUGGGGGACGACGGAGUCACCAACGAAAAGAGCUGCGACACUCGGAGUGGUUCCAUCCCAGUAAACGGCCUGAUGUCCUCACCAGCACUACCUGGCAUGCUCCAGUCAUCUGGGAAGGCACCUUUGAUCGAAGGGUCCUGGACGACUACUACCAAAACCGCAACAUCACUGUGGGUUUGGCUGUGUUUGCUGUAGGCAGGUUUGUAGAGGAGUACCUGGAGUUAUUCCUGCAGUCUGCAGAAAAGCACUUCAUGGUUGGCUACAAGGUCACCUUUUACCUCAUAGUGGAUGUCUUGUACGCUUUCCCGAAUGUGAACUUAGGGCCUCUAAGAACCUUUAAAAUACUUAGACUCACAUCAGAAGACUGGGCAUCCGACCUCAACCUCACUCGCAUGAGGAGCCUAGGGGCUCACAUUAUCAGACACAUCAGUAAAGAGGUCGACUUCCUCUUCAGCAUGGCUGCUAACCAGAUCUUCCAGGGGGACUUUGGGGUGGAGACUCUGGGACAGUCUGUGGCUCAGCUCCACGGCUGGUGGUAUUUCAGAAACACCCAGAAUGCCAAGGAUUUCCCCUAUGAGAGAAGGCCUCGGUCGGCAGCCUGCAUCCCGCUCGGAGAGGGGGACUACUACUACAGUGGGGCCAUAGUGGGGGGCACGCCCCUCAAGGUCUUGCACCUCAUUGAUGAAUACCUGAAGGGCGUUGCUCAUGACACCAACAAUAGACUCAACAGCACCUACGAAAGUUACCUCAACAGGCACUUCUUUCUGCACAAGCCGACCAAGCUGCUCUCCCCAGAAUACAACUGGGACCCCAGAUUCCGUCUCCCCAAGCAGAUUCAAUACGUCAAAGUGGCCUGGCUGUCACAGACGUACUGA